AUGGAUAACUCGGCAGACUUUUCCUCAUUUUAUGAAAAAGCGACAGCGGCUGUGAUCAAGAGCACCCAGACAGUCAUAAAAAUUGGUAAAGAGGACGUUGAUUUUCAUCGUACCUCAAGCGCCGAAUUUGCCGAAAACCUCGACGAACAGAGCUCACGCUUACUUUCACUUACCUCUUCCUUGCUCAAAGUUGCGACUGGCGGCACCGACAUCGAACCUCCCGUUCUCGAAGAUGAAGACGCGAUCGAAGACAAUUGGCGCGGCAUUGUGGACGUGAUUGAUAACUUGCUCGAGAAGGCAGAUGCAUGUCUAGAUGAGUUCACUGGUAUCAUCAAAAAGCUUAGUCCCCCGCAGCAAGAUCAGAUUCGUGAGGCGAGCACCCGACAGCAAGAAAAGAAGUUCCCUACCAUCUACGACUACGGUCCAUCCAAGAUCCCGAAACCACAGCUUCAAUUCCGCACCGCACCAAACAACCAUGACACAUCCCCAUUCCGUCCUUUGCUCAAAUCCAAGCCGCAUGCUAUCGUACCACUAGAGCAGUCUCUUCGACUGGUCGAGGCAGAAAAGAAACCUGCAUUCUACCCAAACCCAUACGAAAAAGAGAUUCGUGAUGCGAAGUUCCCCGAGUCAGCCUACGUCGCCGCACCACCAGUCGACUUCGGUCCCGUUGAAUCCACUGAAGCUGUCUGGGUCGAUACGCCGGAAGGAGUGGCCGAAAUGGUCAAGGAGCUCAAAAAGGCAAAUGAAAUCGCUGUCGACUUGGAACACCACGAUGUGCACACGUAUUAUGGACUGGUGUCAUUGAUGCAAAUCAGCACUCGCGACAAGGAUUGGGUGGUCGACACACUUCAGCCAUGGCGUGAGGAUUUACAGCAGCUGAACGAAGUUUUCGCCGACCCCAACAUUCUCAAAGUUUUCCAUGGUUCUACGAUGGAUAUUGUUUGGCUUCAAAGAGAUUUGGGCCUUUACGUUGUGGGCUUGUUCGACACAUACCAUGCUGCGGUAGCAUUGGGAUUCCCCAAGCGAAGUCUGAAAUUCCUGCUCGAGAAAUAUGCACGUUACGAAGCCGACAAGAAAUACCAAAUGGCUGACUGGCGGUUGAGACCGUUGACUGAGGAAAUGUUGAGAUAUGCCCGUGCCGACACGCAUUAUCUCCUCUACAUCUACGAUUGCCUGCGCAACGAAUUGCUAGAAAAGUCCACGCCCAAAAGAAAUCAGAUCGACUACGUGUUGGAGCGAUCAAAGACGGAAGCCUUGCAACGCUAUGAACGACCUGUUUAUGAUAUGGCUGGUGGACAAGGCGCUGGCGGCUGGCACGAUCUGUUGAGCAGGAACCCCGCUCUGUUGUCGAAAGAACAAUUUGCAGUUUUCAGGGCUGUUCAUGAAUGGCGGGAUCGAGUUGCGCGAGAAGAAGAUGAAGGUUUACAAUGCGUGUUCCCCAGACAUAUGCUCUUCAAAGUGGCUAUAGCCAUGCCUGUCGACAAGCAUACUCUAUUCAAAACACUUUCGCCAGUUACUUUGAUCGUGAAGUAUAGAAUAAAUGAGUUGCUAGCCCUUAUCAAGAAGGCUAAAAUUGAGGGUGCCACCGGCCCUGAGCUACGUGAUAUUAUCAAGCCAAGAAAGACUGUCGAGGAAGCCGUUGUAUCUGCUACUAAGCCAUCACCUCUUGUGACCGGCGAACCAACUGUGAUUUCGGUGGUCCGAGCAGACUCGUCACAAUUCUGGGGCGCGGCAUUGCAGCCACAAGAGUCCGCCAUCGUUCCUCCGAAUUACAAAGUGGCGGCAUCAUUCGAAGCUUUACGGUUGUCUGUCCCUAUUCCUCCCAUGCCUGUGACAGUGUCCGAGGUUCGCCAAAUGAUUCAAGACACCACUCCUGCUGUGACGCCUGUGGAACAGUCACCCAUGAACACCCCGUCAGCCAACAAAGCUGAGAAGAGGAGUGAUAUUUUCACAAUCAAGGAAGUCGCCCCACGACACAAGAGAAAGGCAGCUGAGGUGGUAGAAGACUCUGAUGAAACGUCCUCCAGCAGCGGCAGCAGCGAAAGCGAGAGUGAGAGUGGAAGUAAGAGCUCAAGCGAAGAGGAGAAAGAAAAAGAAGAAGAAGAAGAAGAAGAAGAAGAAAUUCACAUCCAACCCCCCACCAAAAAAUCACGCAAGGAAAAGAAACCGCAAAAGAAGCCGCCCACAGUAGAAGAAGACACAAUCCCAUUCGACUACAACACGGCAUCCUCAGUCCUGCACUCAGAGGACAUGGCAGCGGCAGCGGCAGCGGCAAUUGCACCGAAUCAUCAGAAGUAUUACAAUCCAUAUGCCAAGGCAUUGAAUGCGCCUAGCGGGGUACGGAAACAGAAGAAGGAGACGAGUGGACGAACGUUUACAUUCAGAUAG